AUGGCUUAUCUCGGCGAUACAAGUCAAAUGUUGGUAGAUACUACGGAUGUUUUUACAACUCAUCAAAAAUUUGCUACCCCAGAUGAUGUUGUCAAAUGGGCUCGAGAUGUUGAAGAUGCCAAUAAAGUCGGUAUUAUCAUUACUCGGUCGGAUAAAAAGAACGGAAUAAGAGGAAGAAAUGACAAGUUGAUUUUGGGUUGUGACAAAGGUGGAAAGUAUGACUCUUCAGAAAGUUCCACGACAUCUGCAUCGAAAAAGUGUAACUGUCCAUUUAAAAUUAGAGCUGCACCUUCAACAGAUGGUUCAGGAUGGAAAGUUCAGGUUAUUCAUGGAGUUCACAACCACGGGCUACCUGACCAAUAUCAUGGUCAUCCUCGCAAGGCACGUUUAACCGCUGAUGAAAACAAACGUGUUCAAGAUUUGACAAAGCGUAAAGUAGCACCAAGACACAUUGUUUUAGAUUUGAAAGAUCAAAAUCCAGAGUCUGUUGUUGAUGCCACACUUGUAUAUAGGAAAAGACACAUGAUGCAAAUACAGGAAAGAGGCUCCAGAACAGAGCUGCAACACUUGCUGCAGUUGUUAGAUGAUGCAAAAUAUGUCAGCUGGAAUAGAAGAAAAGAUGAUGGCUCCGAUGUUUUGAGUGAUAUUUUUUGGGCGCAUCCAGAUUCAAUCAAGUUGUUGAACUUGUUUCCCAUUGUUUUGGUUAUGGACUGCACAUACAAAACUAAUAAAUAUAGACAGCCACUGCUUGAAACUGCUGGCAUAACGUCAACUAACAUGACAUUUGCUGUUGGAUUUGCUUACAUGGAAUCUGAGAAGACGAACAAUUAUCAUUGGGCAGUAAUUUUGACUGAUAGGGAGUUUGCUUUGAUGAAUGCAAUUAAAGAUAUAUUUCCACAUACUACUAAUAUGCUUUGUACGUGGCACAUAAUCAAAAAUGUGAAUGCGAGAUGCACCGUGCAAAUACCUAAGGAUAUGAAACAGAAGGUGAAAAAUUUGUGGAGAGAUGUUGUUGAAAGUCCGGAUGAGGUGGAGUAUCAGCAACGGUUGAAUGCGUUUCAGCAAGCAUGUGUUAAUUCAAGCAAUUUUGUCGAAUAUGUCAAUAACACCUGGUUGGCCCCUCACAAAGAACAAUUUGUUGAAGCAUGGACCAAUCGAGUGAUGCAUUUAGGAAACACAACGACUAAUAGAGUUGAGUCUGCACAUUGGAGACUAAAGAAAAUGUUGGAACACAGCAAAUGAGACUUAUGCAAGUGUUUGGAAGGCAUGAAUGACAACAUAAGACUAGAAGUUGACAAAAUAAAGAAGUCUUUUCAAAAAAGUUUUUACUAUACAGAAAAGACACAUAGCAGUCCAUUUUUUCAAUAUUUGAGA